UCUCCCCCUUUUUCUCCUCCUCCUCCUCCUUCUCCUCCUCCUCCUCCUCCUUCUCCUCCUCCUUCUCCUCCUCCUCCUCCUCCUUCUCCUCCUCCGGUAAGUACCGACACUUCCAGCUUGAGGAAGACAGAUCCCAAAGGUCGGAGUGCACUGUUGGCUGAUAUCCAGCAAGGAACUCGCCUACGGAAAGUCACGCAGAUCAAUGACCGCAGUGCCCCGCAGAUCGAGAGUUCUAAAGGCACCAACAAAGAAGGAGGGAGUUCUGCAAACUCUCAAAGAGCGAGCACGCCCCCAGCCCUGGGAGGUCUGUUUGCUGGUGGCUUUCCUGUGUUGCGACCAGCAGGCCAGAGGGAUGCAGCAGGUGGGAAGACAGGGCAGGCCCCUGGCUCCCGAGCGCCUUCUCCCCGGCUUCCCACCAAAUCUAUCAGCGGGCCGCUGAACCCCCCAGCGUCUCCCAGGCUCGCCAAUGCCUUGGAGGCGCACAGCAGGACGGUCCCUCCUCGCCCCAGCGUGCCGGCCCCACCUCCUCCCACCCCGCCCCCGCCGCCCCCGCCCUUGCCCCCACCCCUGCCCUCUUCCUCCUCCAUCAAAGCUCCCCUAGGGUCCCCACCUGGCUCACAGACCAAGGGGAAUAACGCCCUGGUAGGGGUGCCCCCUCUGCCCUCCACACCUCCCCCUCCGCCCCCUCCCCCCACUCCGCCCCCACUGCCGCAGAACCCCAUUCUCAGUGACAAGGCGGUGAAGCCUCAGCCAGCCCCCUUGCACUUGUCACCCAUCCCGCCCCCACUGCCUCUCCUCCCGCCUUGUGGGUACCCCGGGCUCAAUGCGGAUGCUGCCAGCCCCACCGAAGAUGCUCCGGAGCCCGCUGCCCCGCCGCCCCCACCGCCGCCACCCCCACCCCCGCCACCACCACUCCCCCUUUAUGCCUCCUGCACCCCAAGGUCCUUGGUGCCUGUGCCCCCUAUGCCAGGCGCUAACAGCAGCAGUGAAGCCCCACCUCCACUGCCCCCCAAGUCCCCCAGCUUCCACCUGCAGCCACCUAAGCCCAGCGUGCCGGCCUUGCCCGCUCCACCCGUCCCACCCGCCCCUCCCGGGUCGCAGCCGUUCCUGCAGAAGAAGAGGCCCGGCCGAGGCCCAGGCACCGGUGGGGGGAAGCUAAACCCACCCCCGGCACCCCCUGCGAGAUCACCCACCACAGAGCUUUCAAGCAGGAGCCAGCAGGCCCCAGGCUGGACCCAGACACAGCCGCCCGGGGGCCAGCUGCGGAACGGGAGCCUGCACAUCAUCGAUGACUUCGAGUCUAAAUUCACGUUCCACUCCGUGGAAGACUUUCCUCCUCCAGAUGAAUAUAAACCAUGCCAGAAGAUUUACCCCAGCAAGAUCCCCAGAAGCCGGACACCUGGUCCCUGGCUCCACGCCGAGGCUGCUGGGCAGAGCUCCGAUGACAUCAAAGGCAGAAAUGCUCAGUUAUCGCUGAAGACUCUGCGGUGAGAAGACCGAGGAAGCCAGUGGCCUGAGAGCAGCUGAGGCUCCCCGCCAUGGGCCAGGCCUCCCUGGGAGGCCGCGUCUGACCUCCCCACACUCAACUUGUAACUCAGUUGACAUGCAGGCGCUGAAUGGAGCGUUUGUUUAUUGUACAUAUGUGGUUUGCGCAGGCUUUAUGUCAGUAUCGUAGUCAACUGUUAUUUUUUAAAAAACCAUACUGUUUCUCCCUUGUUAAAAAUGCAUCUUGAUGUCCGUCUAUCAGUGCAGAUAGAGCCCUGUCCCCAUCCCAUAGUGUCCAUCCCAUGACUGUAAAUAUGCGCACAGGCUGACCCUUCCUAGAUUUGGAACUGUUUUUAGAAGAUUCCUUGGUUUGCGGGUAGUCUCAAAGUCGCAGCAGCCACAGCGGCUUCUUAUUGGCAUGAUUUUAUAUUCUCAGCGCACAAACUGCAGAAUCAAACCAAAUAAUGCCUUAUAAAUGACACAGCUCAGAGAGACUAGUGUGUCCCCAUACCCAGACAAUGCCACGCAGCCUCCAGCGAACGAGAUGCAACAUCUCGUUCCCGUUUUGCAGUACAGGGAUUUUUUUUUUUUCUGCCUAAUGUAAAUAUAACGAAAAGUCAAGGCAGGAGUGGGCUUGGCCCCUUUUGUAACUGAAUGAUCCUACAAGUAGCCAAUGCUCUGUUUACAGUGGCCUUCGUGCCCAAGUCCCCGAGACUUUUCCUCCUGGUCCCUUCCAAGUUCCCAGCCCUAUCCUGGCAGCCAGGAUGAGAGGGGCUGAGCUUUAUGAGAUUUUGGUAUUUUCCCUGCAAGUUAGAAACCUACAUAACUCGUUAUUAAAUUACUAAUUCUAUCACAGAGGUCUUUUUCCCCCCUCCCGAGUGCAGGAUUUCUACAGCAAGGUAAAAUGUAGACCAAAACAUACUAUGAAAUAUCUGCCUCAAAUACCUGGUGCCCCACCCCCAGCCUUGGGCAACCUGGAACCACCCACCAGGCAAGACCUGGCUCCCUUUGGAGCUGAACAAUCUCACUGGCCUGAGAGCCCCCGGUCCCUGCAGCGGACACCUCCGAGGGGUGGGGGAGUAGGGUCCAAGUUCAGCCAGCCCUGAAUAUGGAGCAGGCCGGGACGGGCUCUGAGUGCUGCUCACACCCUUCGUCUGCAGCUGGCGAGGGGAGGGAAGUGUGUUUUUGCUUGUCGCCCAGCCCCAAAUGCUCCGCAUCCUAGGAGAGGAAGGCUGUGACAGAGGAAGGACAGAAAAUAGAAGGAAACAGACUGAUCCCUGGUCUGUUAUCAAAAAGCUGCCGAUUAAAGGAAACCAGGCAGGGAGAGCAGUGCAUAUGUGUCCUUCGGAGCCUCUGAGGCGCUCACAGCUCGAGGCCAUCACGCCCUGUCCUAGCCGUCCCACACAGGUAGACAGGAGCAGGGUUCUGGCAACGCUGGCCUCACACACCUGCCUGUGGUCUGCAGUGAAGACUAAGAGGCCACCCGGCAUUGUUGCCGCCGCCGCCGCCUCACACAGAGAAGCAAGUGAGCAAGGUCAAGUUCCCUUCUCCCUGGAAUAAAUCAAGCCAAACUGACAGCUAAAUCAAUGGAAAAGAAGUUUCUCCAGGUCACCCGCUCUGGGCAUAGCUGAUUUGUUUCAUAGGUUCUGGGAGGCUUCCGAAAGGUCAGAAUUUCUUUAUUUUAAUGGUAACCACUCCGCCUCCCUCCCAGCUGUACAAAGUAAUUACAAAGGAUUUAAUGAUCAUGGGUAAGAAGGCCCUAGACAACAGCAGUUGCACCCGAGCGUGCUCUGCCUGCCCCAAAGAGGCACUGCACGCUCUUGGUCUGCACCACUAGGAUAGAAAUGAAAGAUAAAACCAUUCAAGGACCGAGAGCAGGAAUGAGCAGAAACCAAACAUCGCCAUUAGGGAGGAACCUGGCGUCGCGUCUCUCCUUGAGACCCAUCACUGGGUUCAGGCCCUUUGAACUCGCAGGACAAAAGUUGAGCCCUGACUGUAAGCUCACACAGAGACCUCCAAGCCCCAGGCCCCCCUCCCCACCCCCCAACAAGGACACUGUCUCUGCCCCCCAGGGUUUCACACGUGUUUUAUAUUUCUCAAUGUUCCCCCUACAGAUUCAUUUCUCUGUACCUAAUAAACUGUCAUAAGUGGAAA